AUGGCGGUGAUUGAGAGUUCAAAGCCAACGGUGGAGAUCAACGGUUUGAGAUUCACGUAUCCGGGAAUCGACGGCCAUCCGCCGCCGGGGUCCAAACCUCUGAUUGAGGAUUUCUCUCUUAAUCUCAACGCCGGUUAUCGGUGUCUCCUCGUCGGAUCCAAUGGCGCUGGGAAAACAACGAUAUUGAAGAUUCUUGGAGGGAAGCAUAUGGUGGAACCGCACAUGGUUCGAGUGUUGGGAAGAUCUGCUUUCCACGACACCGUUUUGGCGUCCUCCGGUGAUCUUUGUUAUCUUGGAGGAGAGUGGAGACGUGAUGUUGCUUUUGCAGGAUUUGAGGUUCCAAUUCAAAUGGACAUUUCUGCAGAGAAAAUGAUUUUUGGAGUUGCAGGUAUUGAUACCCAAAGAAGAGCUGAACUAAUUAAGGUAUUAGAUAUUGAUCUCUCGUGGAGGAUGCACAAGGUAUCUGACGGUCAGAGAAGGCGCGUCCAAAUUUGUAUGGGUCUCCUUAAGCCAUUCAAGGUUCUUCUACUUGAUGAGAUCACGGUUGACCUAGAUGUGCUAGCAAGGGCUGACCUUCUGAAUUUUCUUAGAAAGGAAUGUGAAGAGCGAGGUGCCACGAUUAUCUAUGCAACACAUAUAUUUGACGGUCUAGAAAAGUGGCCAUCACAUAUUGUUUAUGUUGCUCAGGGGAAAUUGCAGUUAGCAAUGCCGAUGGAGAAGGUUAAGGAGAGUAGCGAUUUGUCACUAAUGAGAACAGUGGAGAGCUGGUUGAGGAAAGAAAGAAACGAAGAGAGAGAGAAAAGAAAAGAGAGGAAGUUGCUCGGUCUCCCGGAAUUUGAAAACCAGGUUGAGGGGAGCCGUGUGACAGGGGAUCCCGCAAGAGCUGCCGUUCGUGCAAUAAACAAUGGCUGGGCAGCCGGACGGUUGAACUCUACAGUUGCUGGUGAAGAAAACUUUGUCUUCAGCUCAAAUAGAGUUUUAAGGCAAUAAUAAAUAAAACGCAUUUCGAGUUCUCUCAGCUUUCUGAACUUCUACAGCAAUAAGGUCGGAGAUUUUCAUCCCCAAUGUGUUGCCUGCAUAUGUUCUGAAUAUAUUCGUCAUUGUUUGCCCUCCUAAGAAUCGAUGAAAUAACAUUCGGGAGACCGAUCAUGUACAACGGGCUUUGAUUUUUUGUUGUAUUUUUCAUAGUUAAGCCACUGCAACGGGAACGUUCAGGGCGAAAUAGCUAGCAUUGUGCUGUUUGUCCAUUCUUUAUAA